AAGCCUCAUACUUCGCAUAUCGGCACCUGUCUAAACUUCAAUAAGAUAAGCGCAAAAUUUAAACGGAAGUGCGCCCUAAAAACACACAGGUUAAACAUGUCCGCUAAGAACAUUUUACCACAGAGCAGAGUCAGUGAGCCCAACUCUACAUUUCGUACUCCAGAGAGAACCACUGCCCCUUCCAGAUCCUCAGCACGUAGUGGCAUGGCGACAGAGCACAUAGGCCAUGUUUCCUUCAGGGAUCACAAUGACGAUGUUGAAGAUCGCCAAGAUGUCACCAUGGUCAUACCAUCUGUCAAUGAACGGUUGGGCCACUUACGUCCCUCCAGAGAGCUCUUGGAAUACUAUCGGAAGAAGAUCGCCGAAUUUGAUGGGGAACAUGAAGACAUGCUGAACAGACUUGAACAAUACAAAAUGACCUAUGAACAACAGCAUAAGCUUGAAUGGGAGUUACGCCAACGUGAGGAAGAAAUCGCUGAGCUUCAGAAGGCCCUGAGUGACAUGCAGGUUUAUCUCUUCCAGGAGAGAGAUCAUGUCUUAAGGCUCUUUGCUGAAAAUGACCGCCUGAAGAUACAAGAACUGGAAGAUAGAAAAAGAAUCCAGCAUCUGUUAUCAUUAUCAAGCCCAUCAGGUCCUGAAGUGACAUACUUCCACAAAGAACCAUCAACGCGGGCAAUUGUCACACAGAAACACCCACAAAAGAGACAUCCACAUGCAGAGGGUGAAAAAUUGGGUUUAAAAGCCGAAGUGCCAAGCAGACCACAGAACAACAGAACACGGAGGAAUGCACAACACAGAGUUACUGCUAACACAAAAGUCCAACAGCGGCCUGCCAGUGCCAAGCCCAAAGCUGUCCAUCCUGAUUCAGACCAGCAGCAGGCAGAGCCAGAGAGUCUGUUGCUACAGAUUGAAGCUCUACAAUCUCAGAUGAAGGAACAAGCUGAGCUAUCUAGAGAGCAGACGGAAGCCUUGCUGGAGGAUCGUAGGGUCAGGAUGGAAGAGAUGCAGACUGUGAUUGAGAGAGAUCGUUCCAAGAUUCACUCCCUCAAUGAAAAGUUACAUCGUACACAGCAGAUGUUGUAUGACAGCACUAAGGACUAUCUAGAGCUGAAGUAUGAAGGACGAUCUCAGGAGCGAGUCUGGAUGGCAGAGAAGGACCGUCUACUACAGGAGCUGGAUCGAUGUAAGGAACAACUAGAUGUCUCCAAAGAUGACGUCUUAAUCAUCUCAGAUCAUGCACUGGAAGAGAGACAAACACAGAACUUGGAAAUUGAGUCUUUAGAAAACCAACUGCAGCAGGCACAAAAGCUGGCUGAUAUGUACCGUGAACAGGUGAUUGGCCUGGAGGAUGAACUGGCUAGGAUUAGAGAACGAGAUGAUGUGAGCAAGGAUGCCUAUAAGGAUAAGACGGAAAAGCUUGCUAAGCGUUUACACCUGAUGAACCAGCGGUAUGAGGCCAUGGAGAAGCGACGGAAUCUGGAGAUAGAAGGUUUCAAGAAUGAUACCCGAAUCUUGAGAAACCGACUCAAGGAUGUUGAGAAGCAACUCUACAAGGUGACAGUGGGUGUUGGGGAAGAUGGUGAUAUGUUCAUGCUGCAUAAUAUUCAUCAGACAGCUAAGAGAUCAAAGAAGAUGCAGAGUGAGCUACAUCAACUCAAGGCUCUGAUCUAUGGCAUGGAAACAGACCUCAGGAAUCUCUAGUAAUACACACAAUCACCCCUCACUGUGUCUCCACAUUUGAUCAAAUGACUUAUAACUUUGGGAAGCCUCAUUAUUUGUUUAAAGGUGCAUAGCAUCUUUUGAUUUUUGUGCCUUUUUGGGUUUUUUUAGUUUGAAGCCAAAAAAAUUGCUCCAAAUCUUAAGUUAGAUCCAUAACAACUUACCUGUUAAAGUUAUAGCUGAGUGGAUACUGUACAUCUUGAGAAUACAGGGAAACCUUAUCAAACUUUAAUCAAAUUGGACAUAGGACUUCGUUGCUAUUGUCUUUCCCACCAAGGCCUAUGCAUAAACAUUUUAUUGUGCCAAGUAAAUAGAAAAAGUGAACCUUUUUGCCACCUUGGGUCAAAAAUCUGAUAUUUCACAAGAACAGUACAUGUAUGUCUGAUGUUCUGAUAAUUGACUUUUCUGACAACUUACAUAGAUUAGAAACAGUUGGAGGAGAUCCUAUAAAUCCACCGAUGCUAGCAUGCUGAUAGUUCAGUUGCUGUAUUCGCUGUCCUUGUGAACAAUUUCAAACAUUUAGAGAAAAAGGCUCCUUUUUGUUCAUGUGCAAUGUGAGAACUGAUGUCACUUUGUCACUUUAGUACGAAUGGCCGGUUGUUCUGCGUAGAAUAGUAACAGUACUAACAUAACAAUGCCCACAUGUACAGUUACUUUGGUUACUUAAAACCGGAGAGAGUUUGUUGUAUUUGUUAUCCCACAGGAACCUUGACAUGAAAAGGCUCCCUUAUAUUGUGGGGGCGAUGUGUGCUGCCAGAAUACACAAUGUUUUGAAAUUGAAUCUGUUUAAAAUGGAGGCUUUUUAACCACUGAAAUUGCAUGCAAAUAUUUUCAGAUAUUAUGGAAGUAAAAUGCAAAUAUCUAAAUACUUGUGCAGAAAAAUAUAUGGUGCCAAAGGAUUCGAUUGAAGCUGAAUACGGAUUUAUUGUGCACAGCAAAGAUUUCUCAAAUGAGACACUUUGGGUACACUAUGGUAAGGAGACAAAAAGUGGACAUCUGCUUUUCUGCUGUCAGAAGAGCAGAUAACAAAAGUAUGGCCAUUUUCAAUACAUUUUUCUUUUCGUAACUUUGUGAUGCGGAAGUUCUUUAAGGGGGAGCGUCUGAAAACCUGUGAACGUAAACUCAAAUAGACCUCCUGAGAAACAUCUGCACCUUUUCAUUUUCCUUUUAGCCGAAAAGCAGAAUGCAAAUGGUAGUUACCAAAGGUUCCUUUGGCUUUUCUGGAACUCUGAAAUGAGAAAAGCAAAAAGCAAAAAUAUGCUUUUUGGGUAGCAGAAAAGCAGAAAAAUGGAAACGUCAGAAAAGGUUUGAUCUGAUUUUUGAACAAGAGAAAAAGCAAAUGUCCACUUUUCUUCCUCCAGCAAGGGAGGAAAAGCAAAAUCUGCAUUUCAGGUAGCAUAAAAGCAUGACAGUAGAUUUUAUUUAAAAACCAGUAAAUUCUGCAUUUAUGGUAGCAGAAAGGCGGGAAAGCAGAACAAAAUGGAGAUGUCCACUUUUCGUCCUCCAUGACGACAUGUACAGUCCUGUUCAUUUCAGAAUGGUAAAUAGUGCCCUCUUCUCACCAUCUAGUUUGCAAGUUGUCCUUCAAUACCCAUUUUGUUGUUCUAGACAUUUGUGUCAAGCUUGUUUUUUUCCAAUUAACUAUGCACAAGAAGUACAUGUAUUGGGGUCAUGUCCUGCAUGUUGUUCUAAUGUAGGAGAGAUGUACAAAGUAGUGUAUGCAAUGAAGUCACAUGUAUUCUACCAUACAAUCUUAUAUUGGUGUCCAUUACAAUUGAUAUGCUUGGCAGUAAGGAUUGAACAGAGAGAUUAUUUUAUGCAACUGUAAAUAGCUUUUGGAAUUUUUGCAGUGAAAUACUUUGUAAAGUAAGUUGGCUCAGUAUUUUUAAGGACUUUAUUUUUAUGGUGAAGGAUUUUGGAAUUAAAUGUAGAAUAUUAAAAGGAUCUAUGCAAGCUUUCAGAACAAA